AUGGAUUUAUUAUCACCUUGGAGUAUGCUAGAUUCUGUAAAACUAGAAAUUGGACAAAUUCACUUUGACAGUAUUUUAGAAAGUUCUAUACAUUUUUCGAACAAUAUGAAUGACUUACUUAAUAGUAUGAAUCUUCCUGAAGAUUUAUUAAUAUCAUCUUCUUUACCUGUUACUAGGAAUAUCAGGAAAAAAAGAAUGUAUGAUGACCUAUGUGAAGACGAAACACCGGAGUUACCAUUAGACAAAUUCAGAGUUGAAACAUAUCAAACAAUAAUUGACCAGAUUAUUUAUAGUCUAAAUUUCAUCGGCAAUAAUCAAUUGAUAGUAAAUGUUCAUUACUUGAUCUCUAAAAAAUGUAAACAAACAGAACAAAUGCAAAAUACAGCUUUAAAACACUUGGCCAAUUUAUUGAAUUUAGACAAUGAACAACUUUGUUUAGAACUUAAAAAUUUUUCUAAAGUAUAUCCAAAAUUAAAAAUGUCCACAAUAGAAAAAACCAAACAAAUCUACCGUCAAUUUGAUACUGAUUCAGAUACAGAUAAUGAUGAAAACAAUAUAUGUUCUGAUACAACUUUUUCUUGUGAGUAA